UUUCCAAACCUGAUGUGAUCUCCCAGCUGGAGAAAGGGGAAGAGCCGUGGGUCUCAGGAAUCCAGGACUCAGAAGAACCAGGGAUCCUGAGAGGUGCCUGCCCAGGUUUCUCUCUCUAUCCCAGCAGCUGGUGGGAUGGUGAGUGAGAACGGGGAGUGGAGUCUUCAGCAGAGAGAUGCCGAGCAAGUGGAAUCACACAGGAUGUUAUUGCGAAGGUCCGAAGGGAAUGUGUCCAGGCGUCUUGAGCAAGGAAACUCUUGUGAGAGUCAGCACAGGCCAGCGAGGCAGCAGCCAGGGGAGAAAGCGGGUAAAUCCGUUAAUUGUCGGGCAACUCACAAAGACCUCAAAGGAAUCACAGGCCAGCACAGAAUCCUCACCGGAGAGAGAAAAAACACCUGCACUGAGUGUGGGAAAAACUUCCGUAGACGUUCAACCCUUAUUAGACAUCAGAAAAUCCACAGGCCAAAGAGAUCAUAUGAAUGCAGUGAGUGCGGGAAAAGGUUUACGUAUCACUCACAACUUGUCACUCAUCAGCGAAUCCACACAGGAGAGAGGCCCUACGAAUGCCGUGGGUGUGGGAAAACCUUCAUUUCUCACUCACGCCUUACUCAGCAUCAGAAAAUCCACACCGGGCAGAGGCCUUAUCAAUGCAGCGAGUGUGGGAAAAAUUUCAGUCAGAUCUCAAACCUUAUUAGACACCAGAAAAUCCACACAGGAGAGCGACCCUACACAUGCUGUGAGUGCGGGAAAACGUUUUCCCGGCAAUCACACCUUAUUAUUCAUGAGAGAACCCACGUGGGAGAGAAGCCCCAUGAAUGCCGUGCGUGCGGGAAAACCUUUGCAAGGCACCCACACCUUAUCAGACAUCAGAGAAUUCAUACAGGGGAAAAACCCUACACGUGCGGUGAGUGCGGGAAAUCCUUCACUCAGAACUCAAACCUUAUUGUCCAUCAGAGAAUUCACACCGGGGAGAGGCCCUAUGAAUGCGGUGAGUGCGGGAAAAGCUUCAAUCACAGCUCAAACCUUAAUACGCAUCAGAAAAUCCACAAGGGAAACGAUCAACCAUAAAAUCCUUAGCUUGGGCUGACAACAUGGUUUUUUUUUUCUUUAAUACUUUUCCUAAUUCCGCCAUCAAGCCCUUAAGGCUGUUGCACCAUUUGCUUCGCCGUGAGCCCUCCGCUCACGUACCUGCCCAUGUAGCUGCCCAUUUCUGUCUUUUGCAGCUCGCCCUUCUGUGGGGUGAAUCCCAUGGUCCUUUCGGUAAACUCCCUAUGAGUCAUGGGAAUGUGUGUCCCUCCUACCAGGAAUGUCCAUCUAUAGCUAGUUGAAGUCACCCCAUCAACGUAAAAUCUUCCUGGGCCUUAAAAAUCUAACUUUCCAUA